AUGGACGCUCGCAUUCGAUAUAAAGUACCGGAGGGAUUGCGUCCCUUACUUGAGGCUUUGGCUAGGGAGACGCUGCGAUCCCAACCUCGAGACGUCAUACAAUUUGCACAACUAUUCUUUGAUGAGUUGCAGCACCACAGAAAAAGUAAUUUUAUUCAAAAAUUGACAUACAAUGACGACCGUCGCGAAGAUCGUUGUUCUAGCCCUCUAGAUGAAGCGGCUACAAAGAUACAAGCUGUGUUCAGAGGACACUGUGUACGUGCUCAUCCAGAAAAGUUUGGCGUGAGCAAGGUUAUCUCAAGAACGCAGUCAAGUGAAAAAGUGGAUUCUUUUAACAACAAAAAAGACCUGAAACGACACUCCGUGGGUGGCUACGCUAUCAACUUCGACUCUCCAGAAGAUCGAGCUGCAACAAAGAUCCAGGCCGAAAUAAGAGGCUUUCUGGCAAGGAAACACGUUGAAAAAAUGAAGAAAGAAGACACAGAAGCAGCUACAAAAAUUCAAGCUCAUAUCAGAGGAUAUCUGACGCGAAAGCAUUUGGAUGAGCAGGGCCUUCUUUCUCCAUCACGUUCUCGUAGCCCACUUCAGCGCUCAGAAACUGACGAGAAGUAA